UAAAUUUGCAUUGAAAUUUACUGUUUUCUUAUUGGUAGGUUUAAUUGUUUCAACUAAGGGAAACAUAUCUUGAGUUAUACAAAUAAUAUCUAAAAUUACAUGAUUAUUAUCUGCUGUAUCCAAUGAUUUCCUGACAACUGUUAAUGAGUAUAUAUAUUCUUUUUGUAACUAUUAUAAAUUAUAUAUUACUGCAAUUUAGCAUUAAUGAUCCCAAAAAAGUGAUAAGACCUGCAUACGUAAUACCAGCCUCAUUAUGUAAACAAGAGCAUUAUCAAGUGCCAACAUAUCUCUAUCAUUCACCAACACAAAACAAUGCCAAAGGGAAGGAUAAAAAUAGAGCCCAUAACUAAUAGCGCUGCAAGGAACCAAACUUUCCGGAAGAGGAAGAAAGGUUUACUCAAAAAAGCCAACGAGCUGUCGACUCUCUGCGGUGUCAAAGUUUGUGCGGUUAUCAACAGCUGCGACAAUACGGAGCCGCCGGAGUUUUGGCCGUCAAAGGAAGGCGCUGAAGCAGUGCACUCGGCGUUUAUGGGUGUUGUGCCGGAGGAACGGUGCAAGAGGAUGUACGACCAGGAGAGGCAUCUGGAGGAGAGGAUCCAUAAAGGACAAGAUAGAGCGAUGAGGCUACAUACGGAUAAUAGGGAGAUUGAGCUUAGAGAGGUUAUGUUCGAUCUUCUCAGGGGGAAGACGCUGAUGCCGCAUCAGUAUGGUGAUCCAAGUUUUAUGAGAGACCUGAAUCUUUUCAUUGGUGAUUAUGCCAAUAAGGUAACUUACAGGACCCAGUUCCUCGAGGGGAAUGUUGAGCAUGUUCCUCCUAAUGUCGCUGCUACCGAUGCACCUGGUCCUGUUGUUGGUGAUGUGAACCCUGUUUUUGUCGGAACCGAGGGUUCGGUAAGUAACCCUACUGAAGCUUAUGAUCAUAUGCGUCAAUAUGAUGGUAUGGAUAUGAGUGUGAAUGAGCAGGCUCCUGGAGGUUUUAAUGAUCAUGUUCAUCAUCAAGAACCAUUUCAAUAUCAAACUCCUACUAACUUUUAUGAUCAGACUCAGCCUAUGUUUUAUGGUUCGAGCCAGGGUAUGGAUAUGAAUCAUCAAGAACCAUUUCAAUACCAAAGUCCUGCUAACUUUGAUGACCAGACUCAGCCUAUGUUCUAUGGUUCGAGCCAGGAUAUGUAUACAGGUUUGAAUCAUGAUCAGGGACAGAGUUCGAAUCAGUAUCCAAAUUCAAACCAAUCGUUCAUGAGUCUUUUGAUGGGACAACCUCAGCAGAUGAGUGAUGUUCAAGAGCCUGCAAGAGUUGCUUCCAUGGGUGACAACAAUAAUGGCUAUCACCAAUUACUAGUCACCAGUCAGAUGCCUUUCACCACCACCACCACCGCUGCCGCCACCGAUCUUUCUGGUCAUAGCAUCAACAAUGGUUGGCCAACGAGGUUUGGUUUGGACUGAAGUUUUUGCGUUUGCAUUUCUGAAUUUUUAUAUUGUAAUGAUUAAAGGUUUUGGCCUUUAAAUCAGUUAUGUUAUUAUCAUUAUCAGGCAAUAUUGUAUCUGUACCAUAUUGUCCUUGAAUAUUUUAUCAUUUUGAAUAAAAACUUUUGCUUUUUUGUAUUUUUUCCUUAAGGCCAUGGAGGAAGAAUGCAACGAGCAUUUCGCAAAAAAAUAUUAUCAGACAAACCAGUAAUCAAGAAAUGUGGCCAUAAGACAUAAAUAUAUAUAGAGUUAGGUGACAUGUAAUUGCGUGUGGAUGUAGAAUGCUUAUUUAAGAUACACCAUUAUCUUCCCAAAGCCACAUGUCAUGCGAUAAAUAAUCGGGCAAAUCUCCAAAAUAGCACAUUUCUAAGUUUAUAUAAAAAAAAUAGCCUUUAAAAACUAAAAUGACCAAAAUAGCAUUUUAUCGUUUUAAAAUUUUAAAUUUUUUUUAUUUUUCAAAAUUUGAAAUCUUAUCCCAAAACCCCACUCCCCAACUCUAAACCCUAAACCCUAAACCCUAAACCCUAAACCCUAAAUCCUAAACCCUAAAUCCUAAACCCACUCCUUAACUCUAAAUCCUAAACCCCACCCCUUAACUUUGGUUUGGAAGUAGAUAAUCUUUUUUCCAUGUCUAUAAACUUGCUAUAGGUUUUCUCUUACAUAAAGGUAGAAUUAGAUUGUAAAAAGGUUUUUUGAAGUGAAUAAAAUUUAAAAUUUUUUCAAAAAAAAAAGAAAAGCUUCUCUAACGUAAUAGACCAUUUUAAACUCACCAUACGCACUGCAAGUAAUAAAAACUAUCAUUUCUAUUGCAAUAUGAAGUUUUCUUUUUUUGUAAGUAUGUGAAUUUUUCAUUACUCAAGAUAAUGAUACAAUGAAAUAUAAAUAGAGUUUGAGAGAUCAAAUUCUAAUGCAUCUAGGAUAGCUAAUCAAAGCAAAGGUCUUAGAAAGUCCCCCAAUGAAAUUAAAAAGACUUUCAAAGACGAAGAAUGUUUAAUCAUCACCUAAAGAACGGUUGAAGCUUAACUAGAACAUGAUUUCAGAAAACCAAUAACAGUCCAGGAGUUUGAAGCUUACUCUUGUAGCUGGUACCUGCAUCAAACAUCAGAGUAUAUCAGCCGGAGAAUAAGCCUUGGAACCGAAGCUUAUCCCAAAGGCGACUUCGAAAGGAAUCAAAGCGAAGCAGGUUUUACUAAGUCCUGGUCCGGCUAACAUCCGGUGAGGUCCACUCCAGACGUGGAACAACUCCAAAGUAACGUGACGGUUCCUUGAAAACCCUAUUCUGAUGAAAAGAAUUCAACAGUUAAAGCGUGGAGUGACUGUGGCAGAAG